GUGCCCAGCUCGGCAGCCACACCUCGCCCACAGGCUUCCCCGCCCUCGCCCUCGCUCGCCCAGCUCCGCGAAUCCGCGCCUGACGGGAGGCUGCUUUGCAGAGCAGUCGGGCGGCAAAGGGAGAGCAACUUGACGUUUCCCCCCUUCGAAAGAGGGGCAUCCCGCCGUUGCCAUGGAGUCGUCCAAUUCCUCCAAGGGGUGCAUGGAACAAUUUUCCAGCUUCGUCCGCUCCCGAAGGGGAAUGUUAUUCGUCGUAGAAAUAAUUGCCUGUAUCGUCAUCAUUAUCUGCUAUGGGGCAUCCAGGUCAUAUCCCUACACAGGUUUGGCAGUCUUCAUCUUGAUUUACUGCAUCGUCCUGUUUGUCAUCUUCAUGUUAGGAUUACACCUCCAAUUGACUUUCAUCCACUGGGGAUGGACGACUUUUAUCCGUGCUCUUAUUGGAGCAGUGGCCUUUAUCGUCACCGCCAUCAUUGUCCUUGUUAGCCGCCCAGAUGGAGCAGCCGUGGCUGGUGGGGUGGCUUCAAUUCUGACUGGAAUCCUCUUUGGCUACGAUGCAUACACCAUCUUGCCUUCUAUUAGGAAAUCCCAUACAGCAGCUCCCACCGAGCCUACAGAAGGGAUUUGAAGACAGCAUCCCUCUUUCACCUCAAGACAAAACGCCACACUGGACCCAUCACCUAUUGCCUUCUAUGGGAUCUGUCCCCAAGAGACCACCUCCCUGUAUCAAUUUGGCAACACCAGAGCCUGUUUUCCAUGAGUGCCCAGUAGGACUGAUUGUCGUCUGACUUGGCAGGUCCUUUUCUUUUGUCUCCACUUUAUGAGACUGUUUCAGCAAUGGAAAAGAAGGGCAAUUCUGGAAUCCUUCAAGGAAAUUGCAAGAGACCAGUAAAGAUGGAUUUCAUAGGUUUGUGACUAUGGAUUGCAUCGGAUUGGGCAUAAUUCCAUUUACUCUCUGGUUGAGAUGCAAAAACAAAAACCAAAACCCAAGCCUUUACGUUUUUAGUCCUAUUAGCAGAAAACGACAGCAAAGUGCAAAGGGAUCCCACUGGGGCCUCUGUUUGCCCUGCAGACUCCAGGUGCUUGCAUCCAGAUUUUCUAGAUAAGAAGCCACUAUUUUGCAAUCUGGUAACUAGGACUUUUUCAAAAGUUUGUAACUUUUGAAUUCAAGAGUUUGAGUUCAAACCCCAUGAAAAGGCGUUUGAAAUUUCACUAAGCCAUCUUAAAUACCCAUUUAUGAUAAAUUAUUUUUUUAAAAAAAAUUAAGCAAGCACUUAAAAGGCAUCCUAUAUUGGUAACUUUUUCUAUACCAUGUAUUUCCUCCCCUAAUCUUACCUCUCUCAGGUAACCUCAGUCUUUAAAACAAGUACUAGGUUACACAGUAGGGUUGUGUGUGUUCAGUCAUUGUGAGCAAAUAGAAAUGGAGAGUUUGGGUGGUCAUCAGGUAUGGAAACCUUCCAGAUUAAGGAAAACUUUUCUGAAUUAGAAUUCCAGGGCUCUAGUGCAGGGAUGUCAAACUUGCCACAUCACAUGACGUGGCACGACGUAUCGUAACUUUUUUCCCCUUGCUGGAGCUGGAGUGAGCGCAGCUCCCGCGUGACGCAUCCGGCCCAUGGGCCGGCAGUUUGACACCCCUGCUCUAGUGCCAUGCAGAGUUCAUUACCCUGCCCUAUUUUGUAGAUUUUUUUUAAAUAAAAAUAGUUAACAUAUCAAACUUUUAUAUAAAAUAUGCAAAUUCAUAUACUUUAUGUUGACGUUAUCCAUUCAGUCAUGUCCCACUCUUGGCAAUGCUGUGGGCCAGGUCUCCCCACCCCUUCCGAUCUUGCACUAUUUGAGUUUUUUUCUAUGUUCUGGCUGGUGUGAACUUUGAUGGCAUUCAGCCAUCUUUGGUGGCCUGGUUUCCUUUUACCGCUAACUCUUCCAGGCAUAAUUGCUUUCUCCAGUGAAUUUCUCCCACAUGAUAUGGCCAAAAUAAGUGAGACACAGUUUUGUGAUUUUUGCCUUCCAGUGACAUAUCUGGGUUAUGCAUUUAUAUACUUGUUAAAAGUCAUGUUUUCCCAAAGAAGAGAACUUGGCUUAUCUUGGUGCUGAUUUCUGGGUAUUUUUUAAUAAUUAUUUUGGUGUAGUGCAGAAUACACACAGCCUCAGUGGUCUAUCAGGAGACACAUAAGUGGCCUGAUUUUCUUCUGGGGAAAUGUAUAUCAUUACCUUAAGCUUAGAACACUUUCCUAUCUGUAGGGUGGGAAAGAUAGAAGAGAAUGUCUACUGCCAUCUCACCCAAUUCUCUCCUGUUUGACUCUGGGCAGCUUGGCUUUAUUUUGUGGUUGCUGGAGAAAUAAAAUAUUUUAAAGUGCAAAUAAACUAUAUCUGAAUUGGUAUGAAGUCUGAUUACUUGAUGUCCACUACCAUAAUAUUUCAUGCAAUCUUGGCUGUAGAGAAUUGUUAGUAUAAUUAAAGGGAUCUGUGAAACUUCUC